CAAUAUCCAUGGUUCUGCCAUAAUGAAGGUGAUACUUAUGGGUCUAUAUGGGUUUUCAUCUCUGCCUGGCCACAUGGAUAAAAUUAGAAAUUCGGGGAAAAAUAGCCGGUUACGUGUUAACCUAAGAAGGAAGUCGAUCUGUUUGUCGUUUUUUGUCAAUAGAGAUAAAAGCAAGAUCGUAAUGAAUGUUAGUAAAUAUAUUACUAAUAAACAGAAGAACGUGUGAAGAACUAUACCAUAUAAGGCUACGCGGGAAAAGUAAAAAUGACAGCUAAUUACCGUGGAAAUCCAAACCAUGUACGGCUAGGCAUUAAUGAUACGCCUCUCUCAUCUGCAAUUGAAAAGGGGGACUUCAAAACCGCUGAAAAACUGAUUGACGAAAACGUGUCGCCUUCUUAUUUAGACGAAGGUCCCUUUCAGAAAACUCCAUUAACUUUGGUGUUAUCAAGUCAUGCUGAGUUAAGGAAAUUUCCACGUCAUCUUCGUUUGGCUAAAUUAUUGGUUGAAAGAGGAGCUAAUCCUAACCUUCGAAUUCCAGGAGUCGAAUGGAUGGCAGCAAGCCGUAGUCCUAUGGAAUAUGUCUUGUCUUUGUAUGAACAUGCUGAUACUCUCUACAGAAAUGAAACUGAUGCUUUAACAUUAUAUGGACAUUCUGUUGACCCACUAUUUACAAUUGGUCUACACGAUGAAACAGAAUUAACUCUUGUUCAGUUAAAGGAACAACUCAUGGAGCUUUUAGAUGUCUUCCUAGCAUGCGGUGGCAAUCCAAAUGUAAUUACCAGCAUGUGCAGUUCCACUUUGUACCAUGUUAUCUUGGCACAUUCUAAUCCUAACAUUGAGCUGGUUAUGAAGCUGUGUGAAGCAGGUGGAGACCUGAAUCAGCCUAAUGCUCAUGGAACAACACCGUUAAUGGAGCUUAUUACAUCUUCAGAUGAUGAUGUGGCAAUGGACAUCCUCUACAACAUUUUGAAGAAGAAACCAGAUAUUUCAUCACUGCAAGCUCAAAACUGUGCUAAUGAAACUGCCUUAUGGCGGUCCAUGUUUGCUGGUUCACCCAUAGUAGCAACAGAGCUAUUACAUCAGGGUGCCAGUCAUGCUCCACGUGCCAUUAUUGGUACUACAAAAUUGUUUACUGAAGUGGGAGCUGUCACUGGAGUCUCAGCUAUGUUAGCACCUCUGCUACAGGAUUCGUUACCCUAUGUGCGACAUGGAUCUGUUUAUCUAAUGUCCAAACUUGAGUUUAGUAGGAAUGUGUAUUCAUUUCAUGUUCACUUGUUGGAUAAAGUGUUUUCAUGUGCUAUCUCACCUGUCGUAGACAAUACAGCUGUGUCCGAGUGCUUCCCACAAGUAGUGCUGGAUGAAAUUGAAACGAUUAUUCAUGAAGAAACACACUUUUCAUUUGAUUCACUUCAAUUGUCAGCCAUUAGACCUCAGGAUGUUAUGAUACUUAUGUUUGGAAAGUUAAGUGCAGGCCUCCAACAGCUUUGUGUACGGCAGAUUAUAGACCACAUCUUUUUCACAACAGACCUAUGUAAAUCCAUGGAACUUAUAGCAAAACUUAAAGGCAAGAAGUUAAUUGUCCAGAAAGAAAAGAAGAUACCUGAGAACUGGGAUGAAAAUGAAAAGAAAGAUUCUGAUGAAGCUGGAUCUUCAGAGAAUAUUGUAGUGGAAGAUGUGGAAAACAUUACACAGUGGGAUGUGGUAAUGGAGUUUGAUAAGACAGCCAUGAUCAAAUUAGUUCAAGAGCUAUUGAAUCUUCCCCCCUCAUUAAUAUCAAGGUUUGAAAUAGAAGCUACUCGACUGCAACUUGGAGCAAUCCUUCAUAAUUUUGAGACUGUUGACUGUGUUCGUGGCUGUGAUGGUCAGUCAGAUGAAUCAUUCUCAGAGCCAUUUGCAGAGGAUGAGUAUGAUGAUGAUGAUGACGACGACAUUGACGAUGAUGAAAGUAGUUGGUUUGUGAGAUUCAUUACCACUGAUGAUGAUGACUUCAAGAGUCCUGAUACUGAAGGGGAGAGUGGUGAAGAUGACAGUUCAUUUGACAGUUCAGAUGAUUAUGAUGAUGACAUUGAAAAUGACAAUGUUGACCUUUUGUUUAUUGAUGAGAAUUUAGAUGUCACAAAUGAUAUGAGAUUGGAUGUAGAAAGUAUAGCUGAUGAAGGUAUCAUGAAGGAUGCUGAAUUAUUCACGUUACCUAGUGUCUCUGGUGGUGAUGGUUUUGAGAAAGGUGUAGCUGUAGCUGAGGAUAAUAGCAGUGGUUCUGGGGAAUGCGUGCCUGAAAGCAUCCAAAGGGAUAAAUACGAAGCUCUCAGUGAUGAUCCUAGUUGUGAUGAUGCAGUAUCAUUGGAGGAUGUGUCACAUCCUGCCAAUUCUAUGAAUACUGAAAAUUAAUCUAUUAAUUUGUAUUUACCUUUCAAGGAAGAGAGGAGAAGACUAUGACAUAAUUUAAAAAGGCUGUGAUUUUGUAUAAAAUAACUUGUUUAUUCAGGAUACUAUAUUGUACGUUCUGCUGCAUAUGUCAAAAAAUACAUAGCAGAGUAAAUGGAACUCUUGUUAAUGCAAACAACUAGAAACUGAUUUAUGCAGCAUUUGAUUUUAUUAAGUAUAAUGUUGUUAUAAAAGGUAAAGUAUAAAUUUGUUGUAGUUUUAUAAAGAAGUUUGUUGAAUUGUGUUCAUUAGAACUUUCAUCUAGGGCUACAUAAAUGUAGACUAAGUCCUAAGAGUAUCUUAUUAACCAACACAAUUUUCCUUCUUCCUGAAUCUCAUUAUAUACUCUAUGUAAAAUUAAUGACCAACUUAUGUAUUAAUUAAACAAAUUUACUUUAAAUAGGGACAUGCUAUGUAUAGUGCAUAAUGUAUUAAACUUUCUAGAGUACAUAUUAAAACAAGGAUGAAAAGGUUAA